UUCCUGGUUCCAUGAAAUACACUGGCAAACUCUCCUUUAAUUUGAUAUCGGACCCGGUGUAGGCUAGCUCACGUUACUAGCACUGUCCACCGUCUAGCUUAGUCGGAGUGUCGCAUGUCUUGCAGAAUUGCUUGCGAGGAAAUAAUCAAAAAAGAAAAAGGGGACGGAGAGACAGCUACCUACCACGCCCACGCGUCAGCACUGGAGAGGGAACCCUACGGCUUUCACGCGGCCCUUCUGAUCUGAGAGUUCGUACGCAGAAACCGCGAGGCAGCAGCCUGGGCAGGGGUCCCGUGCCAUGGCUCUGUUGACACUGCAUCGGUCACCGUCCAUCAUUACCACGCCGGAUGAAAGCAUUCCAAGAAGAGGAAGACUUCAGAAAAGAGAGAGCUUUCUUCUGGUUAAGGGUGCUGUCCUCCUAUUGGAAGAAGGAGACAGGCAGGGGCCUAAUGAGGAGACCUCACCCAAUCAGGCGGUACCCCCCAAGGUGGGAGCCAGUGCUUCAGACUGGCAGCAUUGCCACCUACAUGCCAUGGUGUCCCUGCUGAGACCAGAGGAUAGCAUCAAACUGGCGGUGAGGCUGGAGUCGGUGAGUCCGGUCAGGGUGAGGUACCUGAUUGUGGUCUCCACCCUGGGGAACAAGCAGGAGAGUGUUCUGCUGGGAAUGGACUUCCCCAACAGUGACAGCGACCAGUGCACCAUAGGCCUGGUCCUACCAGUAUGGAGCGACACACAAGUAUACCUGGACGGCGAUGGAGGGUUCAGUGUGACGUCAGCAGAGCACACCAAGAUCUUCAAGCCCGUGUCCAUACAGACCAUGUGGUCGGUGCUGCAGGCGCUGCAUGGCUGCUGUGAGCGGGCCGUGAAGGGGGCGGUGAUCCCCGGCUGUGGGCUGGACUGGGCCAAAUACUACCAGCUGCACGUGGAGUCAGACCGCCUCUGCCUCAACGAGUGGGGGGCCAUGACCGACCUGGAGUCUGUCAGGAGGGACAGCGCCGGGCCCAGCUCGUCAGACCGAAUGUCGGUGGAGAGGCAGAUCAAGGAUGAGCUGAGAGCCAUCAUGAGGACAGAGGACCUGGAGAGCAUCACCUCCAAACAGGUGCGCAGCUCUCUGGAGACUCGACUCGGCCUUGACAUGAAGAACUACAAGGAGUACAUCGACAACGAGAUGAUGGUUACCAUGGCGCAGAUGGACAAACCCUCCAAGAUCUUUGACUAUCUCUACCUGGGCUCCGAAUGGAACGCUGCUAACUUUGAGGAGUUGCAGAAGAACAACGUGGGCUACAUCCUAAACGUGACACGGGAGAUCGACAACUUCUACCCCGAGGCCUUCACCUACAUGAACAUCCGCGUGUACGACGUGGAGGCCACAGACCUGCUCCCCCACUGGAAGGACACCAACACCUUCAUCAACACGGCCAGGCAGAGCGGCCAGGCCGUGCUGGUCCACUGCAAGAUGGGCGUGUCUCGCUCGGCAUCCACGGUGAUCGCCUACGCCAUGAAGCUGCACCAGUGGCCCCUGGACGUGGCGCUGGCGUACGUGCGAGACCGCCGGCCCAUCGUGCACCCCAACGACGGCUUCACCAAGCAGCUCCACACCUACGACGGCAUCCUCAAAGCCAGCCAGCAGCGCCACAGCCUCCUCUGGAGGAGGAAGUCACGAGACCAGAGGAGGAUGUCGCUGCACAAAAACGAACAGGGGGAGGGGGAGAGCGAGAGCGAGAGCGAGGAAGAGGAGGAGGAGGAAGAGGAGGAUCUGGAGGGAGAAGGAGGGGAGUUGGAGAGUUCAGAUGAAGCAGAUGAUGAUGAUAACGAUGAUGAAGAGCACGAGGAGGAGGUGUUCGUCAGAGAUUCCGCUCCCCAGUCUGGGCCCAGCGAGAAACCUCCGCCUCCUGAGUCGUCCCCAGCCAAUCCCACCAUCACUAUUCAGGACAGCGACAAGUUGUCUCGAAGUGGCCGGAUGAACCUCUUCUCUCUCAUGCAGUCCAUCAGCGAAUGGGAUGAAGAGGAGCGGGGGAAUGAACUGUUGACUGCCUGUCAUCGGAGGUCGCCGGGGCAACGGAGGCGGAGCCAGGGAAGGAGGGGUCUGAUCCACCAGAGGGCGUGCGUAGACGUUUCACCUGAGCCGCGCAGCCAAUCAGGCUCCGGGAAAUCCGAGGAGGUGGGGCUUAGAAAACCUGGGACGGUGGAGGGUGGAGAAGAGGAGAAGGAGGAGCAGUAAAGAGAGGAGCAGGGAGACAGAGGGAAGGAUAGAUUGUUGAAAUUAAAAGCAAAGAGACACUAAGAGGUUGUGCUGUCUAAUGUAUUCUGCCCUUGUGCGAAAUCACCCAAAGAUAUUUCGACUUUAUGUUCAACUACUUUAACUUCAUAGUACAUCUUAGCUAUAGUAAUAUUUAAGCUUCAUGCCUUUUUCACAUCUUUUUGCACAUUACGGUCCUUCAGCUCGUUUUGGUUGUGAUGUCACAACCUAUUAUAUGUUUCUACAGUAUUAUGACUCGAAAAAAUGUACAACCAAAGCCUAGUAUACACUUAGUUAGAUAUAGUGUCCAUAGAAGCCAGACAAGUGGGUUUGUGUCUGUACUAUAUUAGGCUUUGUAUAUUAGCAUCCCACCACAUAGUUGUUCCUCUCUUCACUGCUUCUCAAUGGUUUAUUGACAACUAUGCAAUUGUUAUAUUUCAAUUGUUAUAUGAAGCUAUAUGCUGCCAGGUGGAGUGGUCACUUUACACAUUUUAUGGAUUUUAAUUUUCCGUUUUCUUGUAAUUUCUUCUUAAAUACACGACACAGGCUACAUGGAUUUUAUCUUCUUUUAUCAUUCUGAGAACCCUAGUCGAUAUUUGUUCUGUUCGUUCACCUCAUUUUGUGUCUUGCUUUUUGAUCAAAUCUUGAAUCAUUACAUCAUAAGUUAAAGCCUUAUUAAAAUAAGUGCUGAAAUGAGUGAGAAACAGAAAAUACCAAGUGACUCUAAAAGCUGCACUUUGUGGACCAAGUUUGGACCUGUUUAAUGGCAGAAGACCAAAGUGUAUGCCAAUGUAUCUUUUCCUGUGCCAAUUAACUCUUUUGAUUAUAUAUAGACAAAUAUGAUUAGUAUAUUUAGGUAAGAUCCUGUUCACUCUCUUAAACAUGAUGUUGAGCCUUUUUUUUUUUUUUUUUUUUUUUUUUUAUAUCACUGAUUUCAUGUAAUUUUGCUCAACCUUGCUUUUUCGAGUGCCUUCAAUGUGGGACCACGGUGCCCAGGAACACCCUAAACCCUAAUUAUUGUAUUCUAUUUAUAGUAUUCCUUUGGCUGUUUCUCUAUGAGGUGGUGGCUUUCCGUAUCAAUCACGGGUGUAUUACUGUAUGUGUUGAGUGCUGUUCAUAUCGAGGCGUGCUCAGGGCGUGGCUGAGGGUUUAUGCAGUACGAUGAUAGUAUCCUAAAUGCAUGGACGUGUGCAUGUUUACGGUCCUUGCUAUUGAUGGAGUGCAUGGCCUUUAGGCCUGUUUGGGAUGUGCUGCAUAUAUGCUUGUAUAUUAGUUCAGGGUUAACGUGCAAACUUUCAAAAUGUGUAUGUUUGUGUGCAUAAAAUGUGGAAUAGGGGGGGGGGGAACCUGUUGAUCAAGUAGUUCUUAGUAACUCUUGGCAGAGAUUUUGGUGUUGGUUCUUUAUGCUGGCAUCCUCAUUGAUCCAGAUAUUUGUACCUUAUGCUUUUGAACUUUUCUACGAUGGAAAAUACUCUUACAUUCACUAAUAUGAAAUAUAGCACUUGGCUGCAUCUAUCAGAACUCAAUCGGAAGAUAUGUUGGCAGCCCACUAAAAUUCAACAGACGUCUCGAUGUUUGAGCCAAGCUUUAAUCUCGUGGACAGAUCUGAAAGUGAGUAGCCCCCCGCCUGAGCCACAUCACCUGCUGUAUACAUCAAGGUCUUCACUCGUCUACGCAUCACCUGUGAAGCUCUGGGGAGCCGGUUGUCGCACACUCCCUUCGUUUUCCAAACCUGCGUGGUUCACAGUGUGUGAAAGAUCGAUCAAUAAAGGAUGACAUUGAAACGACA